AAUUUUUCCGCUCGAGGGCCACGUAGUGGAUAUUUGUUUCCUUUCUCUUGUAUGUAACGACAAGAAAUCGCGCACCGUGCAAAAACUUCAUAACCCUAACUUUCAGGCUCUACCUUUCCGAUUCUUGCGUUUGGGGUCAAAAUGGCGGAUUCUCCUGGAAAAAGGAAUUCACAGUCACUUUCCCCUUGGAGAGAACAGUCAAGGUCUAGGUCAGGAUCACGUUCCAGGUUAAGAUCUAGAUCAUUGUCCCGGCUGAGGCAUAGAUCCCGGUCCCGAAGUCAUGGCAGAUCAAGGUCUAGAAGCCGUGGCAGGAGUGAUGCUGUGAAUCCAGGAAACACAUUAUAUGUGACUGGUCUGUCUACAAGAGUCACAGAAAGGGACCUAGAAGAGCAUUUCUCUAAAGAGGGAAAGGUUGUAUCGUGUUUUCUUGUUGUGGAGCCCCGUACACGCAUUUCUCGUGGUUUUGCUUUUGUAACAAUGGACAGUGUUGAGGAUGCAAACCGCUGUGUUAAGUAUCUCAAUCAAUCAGUUCUAGAGGGCAGAUAUAUAACAGUGGAGAAGUCACGGAGGAAACGAGGAAGAACUCCAACACCAGGACACUAUCUUGGGCUGAAAAGUAGUGGGGACUAUGGCCAUCAUGGAGAUCGUGGUAGGAAUCGUGGCUAUGAUGAUUAUCGUAGGUCUCCUAAGCGCUCUCAUUAUCGUGGGGGUCGUGAUUAUUCUCCCAGGCACUCUCCUCCCUAUGGUGGAAGGUCAAGGAGGGAAAGGUCCAGAUCACCCUACUCUCCUUAUCGUGGCUAUAGGUGAGGCCAUAUGGUCUAUUAUUCUAUAUAGGGAAAUCAGGGAGGUGUGUUGUUAGUAUGCUUUAGGGCUUGAACAGAUGAUUUUGUUGUUUGUAAGCCUGAAAUGACUAAUUGUUUGCGUUUCUUAAGGAUAUGUGGACUGUAGUUGUGUUUGAGUGUUGCAUUUCUCAAGGAUAUGUGGACAUAAUUUUGAGGUUUUUUCUUGAGCGCUUA